AUGUCUCUCACGAAUGCUCUGCCAGAGGAUGCUGCUAAAGCAGCAAAAUCAGCUUCACAUAUCCUGGCAACGUUGCCAACUUCAGCUCGAAAUGAUGCUCUAACAGCGAUUCAUUCGGUACUUUCUGCUUCAAAAGAUGAAAUUAUUGCUGCAAAUGCUCGGGAUCUGGCCUUGGCUCAGAAGGCGGCAGAAAAUGGCGAGCUGAGCUCAAGCAUCGUCUCACGUUUAGAUUUGGCAAAAAAAGGGAAGUGGGAGGAUAUGUUAAAGGGAAUUUUAGAUGUUCGAGAGCUGGAGGAUCCAGUUGGAAAGGUUACAUUACGCACAAGACUUGAUGAUGGACUAGAUCUCGAAAGGGUCUCUUGCCCAAUUGGUGUGCUCUUGAUCAUCUUCGAGGCUCGUCCGGAAGUGAUUGCCAACAUCGCUUCACUUGCAAUCAAAUCAGGAAAUGCAGCCAUUCUCAAGGGGGGCAAGGAGUCAACAGAGUCUUUCGUCGCCAUCUCAAAGGUCAUUUCACAAGCAUUGGAAUCGACCCAGGUUCCCAAUACAGCUAUUCAACUUGUCACUACUCGAGAUGUAAUUCCUCAACUACUGGCUCUUGAUCGGUACAUCGACCUCGCAAUCCCAAGAGGUUCAAACGAACUUGUUCGUUACAUUAAGGAUAACACUAAAAUUCCCGUUCUCGGCCACGCGGACGGUCUUUGCUCCAUCUACCUCGAGCAUUCUGCUGAUCCAGCGAUGGCCGUUAAAGUUAUCGUUGACUCCAAAACCUCCUACCCAGCAGCCUGUAACAGUCUCGAGACUCUCUUAGUCGAGGAUGCUUCUUUAGAAACCUUACUCCCAGCAGCAGCAGAGGCUCUCAUUGCCAAGGGGGUCUCACUGCGAUGUGAUGCGGCCAGCAAAAAAGCUCUCACGUCCAAACUUUCGGCUCAGUCAUCAGCCACUCUACAAGAUGCCAAGGAUGUCGAUUUCGAUACAGAGCACCUAUCCCUAGUACUGGCCAUCAAAACCGUCAGUACCAUCUCUGAAGCAAUCUCUCACAUCAACUCCCACGGCUCCCAUCACACCGACGUCAUCCUCACUUCUUCCACUCCACUCGCCGAGCAAUUCAUGGCAAGUAUUGACUCGGCAGGCGUAUUCUGGAACACUUCCACCCGUAUGGCUGAUGGUAUGCGUUUCGGGUUUGGCACGGAAGUUGGGAUCAGCACAAAUAAGAUCCAUGCCAGAGGUCCGGUGGGCUUGGAGGGUUUGAUGAUCUACAAGUAUAAGAUUCGUGGUGGUGGGCAAGUCUCUCUGGACUAUGGCGAGGGAGAGGGACAGAAAAGCUUUAAGCAUGAAAGCAUGGCUCUUUAA